AUGCGAGAGCAAAAGUUGUUCGCGAACCUCAAGAAGUGUUUUUUCGCAGCGAACGAAAUACCAUUUCUUGGCUGCAUCGUGGGUAAAAACGGCGUACGCCCUGAUCCGGAAAAGAUCAAAGCGAUUAGCAAAUGGCCUGUGCCAAUCGACGUCAAGGGACUUCGUAAGUUCAUUAAAUUAGCGGCGUACUUGCGCAAGUACUCGGGCGACUACGCCGACUUCGAGUCUGCCCAAACGGAGGAGCUGAGUAAAGGCUGGCUCGCGGAAAGUGUUGUUAAGUUGCUGCAAGGAGUGCACGGAACCACCCGUCUAGCUCAGUUGGUAGAGCGCUGGCCUUUUAAGCCAGUGGUCGUGGGGUGGAGCCCCACGGGGGUGUCACCCUCUUUCAACUCGUGCGCUGCCACGCCGCACGUGCUUCACACAGUCUUUACCACGCACGGUUGCCACUAUGGUGUUGUUAAGUUGCUGCAAGGUGUGCACGGAACCACCCGUCUAGCUCAGUUGGUAGAGCGCUGGCCUUUUAAGCCAGUGGUCGUGGGUUCGAGCCCCACGGGGGGUGUCACCCUCUUUCAACUCGUGCGCUGCCACGCCGAUGUUGCAAUGAACACGGUGAUGGAGUGGUUAAGCUUCUUUCAAUCGAAUCCGUUCGGUGUGGAUUCGAGUCCGCCCGGACGGAGGAGCCGACACGUGCUUCACACAGUCUUUACCACGCACGGUUGCCACUAUGGUGUUGUUAAGUUGCUGCAAGGUGUGCACGGAACCACCCGUCUAGCUCAGUUGGUAGAGCGCUGGCCUUUUAAGCCAGUGGUCGUGGGUUCGAGCCCCACGGGGGUGUCACCCUCUUUCAACUCGUGCGCUGCCACGCCGCACGUGCUUCACACAGUCUUUACCACGCACGGUUGCCAGUAUAGUGUUGUUAAGUUGCUGCAAGGAGUGCACGGAACCACCCGUCUAGCUCAGUUGGUAGAGCGCUGGCCUUUUAAGCCAGUGGUCGUGGGUUCGAGCCCCACGGGGGGUGUCACCCUCUUUCAACUCGUGCGCUGCCACGCCGAUGUUGCAAUGAACACGGUGAUGGAGUGGUUAAGCUUCUAUCAAUCGAAUCCGUACGUUGUGGAUUCGAGUCCGCCCGGACGGAGGAGCCGAGUAAAGGCUGACUCGUAG